AUGCCCGAAACACUGGAAUCACUCAAAACCAAGCACCCCCCUGCGCCACCUGGACACAUCGACUGGACACCCCCAGACCAAGCCAACGUGGCGACCAUCACCAAGGCAGCCUUCGCAAAAAUCCUGUGUCGCUGUGAAAACGGAGUGGGGGGUGGGCCGUCAGGGAUGACGUUCGAACACCUCAGGGAUGCGACCAUCGCCAACGCAGCUGUUACCACUCACCUCCACGCCCUCGUUAACACCAUCCUCCAAGGCCCACUCCCAGAGGAGGUGUGCAGCCUGCUUACAGCCUCUCGCCUAAUCGCCCUCGCUAAGCCGGAGGGGGGUACUCGCCCCAUAGCAGUGGGGGAAUGCAUCUUACGCCUAGCGGCGAAAUCAGCACUAUCCGCGCUAGCAGAAGAAGCACGGGGCCACUUUCUCCCACUACAAUACUGUGUCGCCAUCCAGGGGGGUAGCGAGGCGUCGCAGCUACACGAGCAGCAGCAAGAGGAGCUGGUGGGACGGGAGGGAAUAGCAGCACCUCGGGAGGUGGCGGAGGAACAGGAGACGGCGGGGGGCGAGGUGGCUGCGGCCGCGGCGGCAGUGGAAAACGGCGCAACAGCGACCGAGCCAGAGGCGGCAGUGGCGGUUGAGGCUGCAGAUACUGCGGGGCCGGAGGUGGUUGCUGCUGAGGCGACUGGGGCGGCGGUUGCAGUUGAGCGUGGCGGGCCUGACGCUGCCUUUGUUGGCGGCUCAACUUCACCCUCUGCCAUCACCCAGGCGUUGCAACCAGAGGUGCUGGGCCCGGCAGUGGCUCUGGAACAGACAGAGGAGGCGGAACUGGCGGUGUCACCGGAGCCUGUAACGGCGACUGUGCUGGAAGCGGUGGUGAUAGCGGCGGCAGGGGAACAGGACGGAGACCAGGCCGAGGAGGAUGAGCCGACCACCGUUGUGAGCACCGAAACUUCUGCUGCUGCCGAGGGCGCAAGCACGCAGGGGCACGGCCAGGAGGGGAGUGAUAGACGGGGUCACGGACCCGGCGUAGCUGCCUGCGCCGCCCGCGGGAAGGCAGGGAAGAAGAAGCUUCGAGCCCAGCCAGCGCCGAGGCGGCCCGGAGCAGGGCUGGGACCUGGUCCCCCAGGACCCCUCCUGGGCUGGCUUCUGCAAGGGCAGUUGCCACGAACGCAAGGGCGUCAAUUGCCAUCUGCGGGGACGAGCGGUGGGGGCAUAGAAGCAAAGAACGGCAUUAGGCAAGCAACCACCGUCAACAACAACACGCCAGCAGCCGCAGCGGUAGACACAGCAGCGCAACAAACACCACGCCGUGAAACACGGAGCACAACACGCGCCCAGGGGAUUACCUGGGGACAACCGCGAGGUCACCAGACAGUCCCGGCUAACACGCCGUGGAUCCCGGCAGGCCGAGCACCACAGGCCGGGCGAGGUGGACGAAACGCUGAGAAUUCGGGUAGGGGAGGCGCAACGGCAUGCACGGGGAGAGGCGGAGCCCGCGGGGCAAGAGGCGGACGGAGAGGAGGUGGCGCAAUCAUUGGUGGCAGAGAGGCGCUGCUGCGGUCGGGAACGUGGCGGGAACGCCACGAUCGCCCUGAACAGGUGGCGGAUCCCACGACUCAGAAUGAAGCAGAUGCUGAAAGGGGUGAGGACGGGGAGGACUAUGAAGCUUCGGCCUCGAUGCCCUCGGAAGAAAUGUCGUUGGAAGAGGAAGGAGAGGGGACAACGAGAGGGGAGCGAAGGCGACAGGAGGAGAGGAGAAACCCUCGAGAGGAGAGGGUGAACGAGGAGGCCCCAAAUGAGGGACAGAGUGACCCAGGGGCCAGAUCACCAUCUGACUUGGCGGACGACUCUUCCAUCUGGGAGCUGGCAGCCACGUGGGACAAAUAUCCACUCCAAAAAGGGGAUCAACCCUUCGUGGUACGCAGAAUGCUGCCCAAGAUCCUGGAGAGCUACACGCUCUGCCUCCUGGCGCCACUCAUUCGACUCUGA